AUGAUUCUGUCUCGUGUAAAGCCGGCUGUGGGGGGAGAGGCGCCUGAAAGCAUACGAGAUAAAAAGAACAAAAAUAAAACGCCUGCUUUACAAGAUUAUCUGCAACAAAGAGACUAUCUCGGAGCUUUGACUCUGUUAGAGUUCCAAAGAAGCAUUGGAGAGAAAGUGGAGAAUGCAGACCUCUGGAUUUGCUAUUGUGCCUUCCAUUUGGGAGAUUAUAAGAGAGCCAUGGAGGAAUACAAGUGCCUAACUGUGCAGCCUGAUUGUCCUCCAGAUGUCUGGGUCUAUCUGGCCUGUGCUAUGUUUUUUCUUGGACUUUAUAAAGAAGCUGAAGAGGCUGCUUCCAAGGCACCUGUGUCUCCUCUCCAAAACCGCCUUUUGUUUCAUUUGGCUCAUAAGUUCAAUGACGAGAAAAAGCUCAUGGGUUUCCACCAGAACUUAGAAGAUGUCACUGAGGAUCAGCUUAGUCUGGCAUCUAUUCACUACAUGAGAUCCCACUACCAGGAAGCAUUAGAUAUCUAUAAACGGCUUCUACAGCAGAACAGAGAUUUUCUGGCACUGAAGGUCUAUGUCGCUCUGUGUUACUACAAGCUCGACUACUAUGACGUCUCUCAGGAGGUGCUGGCUGUUUAUUUACAGAGUAUCCCUGAUUCUACCAUCGCCCUCAAUCUCAAGGCUUGUAAUAAUUUCAGGCUGUAUAAUGGCAAAGCUGCUGAAGCUGAGUUAAAAAAUCUCAUUGAUAUUUCUUCUAGCUCGUUUGAGUUUGCUAAGGAGCUUAUUCGGCACAACUUGGUUGUGUUUCGGGGGGGUGAGGGUGCAUUGCAGGUGCUGCCUCCAUUGAUAGAUGUGAUUCCUGAGGCUCGACUUAAUCUGGUCAUUUACUACCUCCGACAAGAUGAUGUCCAGGAAGCCUAUAAUCUCAUUCAAGACCUUGUGCCAACCACGCCACAGGAGUAUAUUUUGAAAGGCGUUGUAAAUGCAGCUUUGGGUCAAGAAAUUGGAUCAAGGGAAAACUUAAAAAUUGCUCAACAGUUUUUCCAGUUGGUCGGAGGUUCGGCGAGCGAAUGCGACACUAUUCCUGGGAGGCAGUGCAUGGCCUCGUGUUUCUUCCUCCUGAGACAGUUUGAGGAUGUGCUCGUCUAUCUGAACUCAGUCAAGAAUUACUUUUCUCAUGAUGAUACAUUCAACUUUAACUAUGCCCAAGCUAAAGCUGCCCUUGGAAAUUAUAAGGAAGCGGAAAAGGUAUUUCAGCAGAUUCAGAAUGAGAAAAUAAAAAAUGAUUAUGUCUACCUCAGCUGGCUGGCACGAUGCUAUAUAAUGAACCAAAAAGGCCGACUUGCAUGGGAACUUUAUUUGAAAAUGGGAACUUCCUCUGAUUCCUUCAGUAUCCUGCAGCUUAUUGCCAAUGACUGCUAUAAGAUGGGACAGUUUUACUAUGCAGCCAAAGCAUUUGAUGCAUUGGAGAAACUGGAUCCAGGGUCUAACUAUUGGGACGGGAAGAGAGGAGCGUGUAUAGGUGUCUUUCAGAUGAUACUGGCAAAUAAAGAGCCAAAGGAGACGCUCAAAGAGAUUGUGCCCUUGCUGCGCAAUUCAGGAAACUAUCAGGUUGACUACAUUGUCAAAACGCUGAAAAAAUGGGCCAAAGACAACAGACAAAUUGAGGAUGGAAGCAGUCACCGAAAAAACAACUUUUCCUCGGCCGGGGUGUCCCCCGGAAAGCGCUUGGUUCUUUUGGGAGAAUGUGUGCUGGUCCGUGUAAGCCCUGAGGAGCCGUGGCAGCGACGCGAAACCCUCUUUAACCCACCGAUUUGGUGUAGUUUCGCGAAGUACUAUCUGCUGCUGUCGCUAUCUGUCCUGAGCGUGGUGCGGCAGCUCAUCCAAAUGGCCGAACCGAGGAAAGUGCAGUUUGUCACCCUGUCGGCCUUCGCCCCCGGAGCGGACUCCAGGAAGCGGCGGCUGGAGGAGAAUGGCUCUGGCUCACACUCCUCCAGAGCCGUGGAGGUCGUAGCGGAGGCGGCUGGGGCAAAAGGCAAAGCCGGGGACAGCGACCAGGCUGCAGCCCAGAGGAGGAGGAGGACCGUGCGGCUGGACCUGCCUCUGUCCGAGCCAGACGACCGCUCCUCCGCCGAGUUCAACUAUGGAGAACUCGUUCAAAACACUAAGACUAAAUCUUCGAGCCAAACCUCCGCUCCGGACCCCUGUGACCCCUUCAAUGAUGAUGAGCGAGAGCGGCUGGAGGUCGAGGCACUCGCUAAAAAGUUUGAAAAUAAAUAUGGAAAUGACGGGAAAAAGAAGAGGAAGGACAGAAUGCAGGAUUUAGUGGAUAUUGGUUUUGGCUACGAUGAAACCGAUCCCUUCAUUGACAACUCUGAAGCUUACGACGAGCUGGUGCCCGCCUCUCUGACCACGAAGCUUGGUGGCUUUUACAUCAACACCGGAACGCUGCAGUUCAGAGCCGCGUCAGAGUCUGAGGGAGAGCAAGACAAGACGCCAAACGAUAAGGAGCAGGUGGUUAAGAGGAGAAAGAGGAAGGAGGUGACCAAUCCAGAGGAAAAGAGCACAAAGAAGAACAAAGUACCUAAACAGGGGUUGACAUCUCUCAGGCCAGAGAAAAAGAAGAGGAAGAAGCUGAUGAAGGACUCGUUGUACCUGGCUGCGAUGCUCAGGCGGUUUUCACGAGAGAAAGAAGACCUGCGUAAACGGACUGUCAAUACUUCUCAUCCCAGUUCAGCCAUGAAGCCUCACUCUACAAACUCUGCAAACCACACACUCGCCGCUAACCCCUCAAACCCAUCAGGCGCCAAUGAUCUGCUGCUGACCGACCUCACCGCGGACCCUGCCGUCAUGUCCCUCCUGGGCUCCGCCAACGAGAAGGAGCUCCAGGAUCUGCUUGGAGACUUGGACUUUGGUCUGUUGGACUCGGAACAGGCCAGGGAAAAUGGCAUUCUGGGAGCCAGUUCAUCUUAUCUUAAAAGUGGGGGUCAGGGGCGGGGCCUGUUUUCUCCUCCACCGCUGCCGAAUGGACUGCCAGCACCUCUCAUUAAACGCAUCGAGGACCUGCGAGCGGCCUCGCGGCAGUUCGAUCAAGAGGGCAGGAAGAAAUUUUUCACCCUGGACAUGAAUAACAUUCUGCUGGAUAUCGAGCUGCAGGUCCAGGAGCAGCCUCCCGAGAUGCGAGCAGAUAUCUACUCUCACCUGGAGGCGUUUGUUCCCUGCAACAAAGAAGCACUUCUCAAGCGGCUGAAGAAACUGAGCCUCAACAUUCAGGACGACCGUAUGCGGACGCCUCUGCUGAAGCUCAAGUUGGCCGUUUGCAGUGUGAUGCCGGAGCAGAUCGCCAGAUACAACAUGGACUGCAUGGCCAAAGCUGCAAAGCACCAGUCAGAGGAAGGCGAGAAGAACGGCUCAGAUGAGGAGGAUGAGGAGAAACCAGGAAAACGGGUCAUGGGUCCAAGAAAGAAGUUCAUCUGGGAUGAUAAACUCAGGGCCCUACUGUGCAGCAUGGUGCGAGUGAAGCUGAGCUGCUAUGAGAUGGAGAACCAGAGCUCUCUGUCUGUGGAGGACUACCUCAAGGCCUUUUUUGAGAAUGAGGUCAAACCACUGUGGCCCAAGGGCUGGAUGCAGGCCAGGAUUUUGUUCAAGGAAAGUCUAACUGUUCAUGGUCACCUCACUGGAAACUUAAUCAAGAGGCGGGUGAUGCCAGGGCCCAAGGCCAAGGCGCGGGAGCCUGGGUGGGUGCAAAAGCCUCUUCCGGGGGCAUCGUCGGUGGUGCAGUCCACUGCUCCUCGUCAGCUGCCCUCGGUGUCUCCAUCGGAGCCCAUUUGUUUGUCCGAUUCUUUGGACGAAGACCUCACGGCCCCCUCCUUGGACUCCAUCUCUCAUGCGCUUGCCCUCCUCAGUAACGCAUCCAAGGGUCUGUGCUCAUCUGAAAGCCCGCUGUCCCCCCCUCCUCUGCAGAUGCCCGCCUCAUCACCCCCACCCAUCACACCCCACUACCCCCCAGCGCAGCAGGCCCAGGCUAAAACUGGGACUUUACCGAUUAGUUCUACCUCCUUUUCUAGCUCUUCCUCUCCUGCUGUGCCCUGCGGGUCCCGGGCCACACCAGGGGGGGUCGCCUCCAAGACUGCAGAGGGUUUGUACGGCCCCCUCAAAGGCCUUGCACAGACCCAGAAUCAGAGACCUGUUUCCAUGGCGUCGCCUGCGCACAGACAGGGCUUAAUCAUGGGCAGUGCCAAGAUCCACCCGCACCCGUCUCCAUCGCCCCCAAAGCAGCGGCCGCCUCCCACAGCGUCCCCGCUGCUGCCGCCACAGCAGAGGGGCUUCUCCAGUGCCGCGGGGGUCCUGGGCUCCAUGGGGUUGCACCAAGCCAAGAGCACGGCCAACGGAAGCCUCACGCCGGUCUCGUCUCCCUCCACCCCGCGCUCCACUGCCCCCCAGGCGUCCUACUGCCCCCCCUCGCCCCAGGUGUCCUCCCCUCCAGUCUUGCCCAACACACACUCCCCCGCUCCCAAAGCCCCGCAGCCCAACUUUAUCACCCCCAUGCAAGCUACUCUGACCAAGGCGUCUCACACCAACGCGUCUCCGAUCAUCAAGCUGACGCCACGGCCCGUCGUGCCCACCCCGCCCCCUUCCCCCUCACACGUGACCCACCACAGACUGCCCAGCACACAGUUCUCUCCAAAACCCUUCAGGCCCCCGUUCACUGUCCCAGGAGGGAAGCAGCAGACGCCUGGCAGUAGUAGCAUACACAGUAAUAACUCCAACAACAGAACGCCCUCGCCCGCAACCCCCUCUCCCUCAGCCAAUCACCUGCAGCGAUCGAGGAGUGUGGGCGGGACUAAUCAGAGUGCUAAGGCCGGGAAUGGCUGGUCACCUUCAGGAAGUUUGCAGACAUCUUCGACCACUUCACACCUUCCACAGGCGUCGACAGCCGGCUCCUCGCUCAUGGGGACCUCCUCCACUCUGCCCAUGGGCUUCGGGAUGCUGGGGGGCCUGGUGCCGGUCUCUCUGCCCUUCCAGUACCCCUCUCUGCUCAACUUCAGCUCCUCUUCCGCAGGGUCAGCUGGGAUGGGCUCCUCCCCCAGCUCCAACUCAGGAUACCCCUUAGCACAGAGCGACCUGCUGGAGCUGUACAAAACCCUCCACCUCCAGCCCGGGUCGCAGGCUGCUCUACCUCCUCACAUGCAGCAUGUUUUCUCAGAUUCGAACCAAAGCCAGGGAGGAGACAAGAGGAAGCCCCACUGA